ACGUUCCAGUCGGAGGUAUUUUUAAGUUGAACGAUAACUUCCGGUAGAUGACUAGCUAGCAGAAGGUGAAAGUGCUUGAAUUUGUUGUUGAAACUUCCGCCUUGUUUUGAGUUUUCAGACAGAAACAGCGCCAGAGGAUGAUUCAUUAGACCGAGUAACGAGGCGCCAGUUUAAUUUCAUGAAGCCUGGAGCGGGAAAGUGUCGGUUUAAAUGAACACGUCGCUAACGUUAGCAGACUAGCUAACCGGCUAGCCUGCUCAGCUGACGCCUGGUACUCAGCGUCCGGAGACAGAAGCCCAGAACCCGGAGGUUUAACUGAAACCUGACCGUAACGUUUUCUCUCGUGGCUGUGAGGGAGAAUAUUCCUGUUUCAUGUGAGCACUGGGGCCGGGGUCGACAGUUUAAUGGGAGGCGGCUUGCUUUGGAGGAGUGGACAUUGCGGGCGUCAGCUGAGAGGAAAGCGGAGGUCCUGGCUCCGGGUCGGGCUCAGAUGGAGUCUCUGGCCGGGUACGUGUACAAGGCAGCCAGCGAGGGCCGAGUCCUGACCCUGGCCGCGCUGCUGCUCAACCACUCCGAGGCGGAGACCCGGUACCUGCUGAGCUAUGUGACCCAGCUGGCCGGGCAGAGGUCCACCCCCUUGAUCAUCGCGGCCCGGAACGGACACGACAAAGUGGUCCGGCUGCUCCUGGACCACUACAGGGUGGACACGGAACAGACCGGCACGGUUCGUUUUGACGGCUAUGUCAUUGACGGGGCCACAGCUCUGUGGUGUGCAGCUGGGGCGGGGCACUUUGAGGUGGUGCGCCUGCUGGUGAGUCACCGUGCCAACGUCAACCACACCACCAUCACCAACUCCACCCCGCUGCGGGCGGCGUGCUUCGAUGGGCGCCUGGACAUUGUGCGGUACCUGGUGGAACACAAGGCCGACAUCAGCAUCACCAACAAGUAUAACAACACCUGCCUGAUGAUCGCCGCCUACAAGGGCCACACUGAUGUGGUCAAGUUCCUGCUGGAGCAGGGCGCCAACCCCAAUGCUAAGGCGCACUGCGGCGCCACGGCGCUGCACUUCGCAGCGGAGGCGGGACAUCUGGAGAUUGUGAAAGAGCUGGUGCACUGCCAGGCGGCCAUGGUGGUGAACGGACACGGUAUGACGCCGCUGAAAGUCGCCGCAGAGAGCUGUAAGGCUGAUGUGGUGGAGCUGCUGCUGGCGCACGCCGACUGCGACGCCGGCAGCCGCAUCGAGGCCCUGGAGCUGCUGGGUGCUUCUUUCGCCAACGACCGCGAGAACUAUGACAUCCAGAAGACUUACCACUACCUGUACACGGCCAUGACGGAGCGCUACCGCGACUCAGACAAUGUCAUCGCCAAAGACUUGCUGCCGCCCAUCGAGGCCUAUGGCGGGCGCAGCGAGUGCCGGACGCCACAAGACCUGGAGGCGAUCCGGGUGGACCGGGACGCUCUGCACAUGGAGGGGCUGAUGAUCCGGGAGCGAAUCCUUGGCUCGGACAAUAUUGACGUGUCACACCCUAUCAUCUACCGCGGCGCCGUUUACGCCGACAACAUGGAGUUUGAUCAGUGCAUCAAACUGUGGCUUCACGCGCUGCGUCUGCGGCAGAAAGGAAACCGCAACACGCACAAGGACCUGCUGCGCUUCGCCCAGGUGUUCUCCCAAAUGGUGCACCUGAAGGAGCAGGUGAUGGCCUCGCCGGUGGAGCAGGUGCUGAGCUGCAGCGUGCUGGAGAUCCAGCGCAGCAUGGCUCGGGUGGAUGCAGCGGCUGAGUCGGAGCUGCCGCAGGCCAUGGACAACUACGAGUCGAACGUUUUCACCUUCCUGUACCUGGCGUGCAUCUCCACCAAAACCACCUGCAGCGACGAGGAGCGCGCCCGCAUCAACAAGCACAUCUACGACCUAAUCCAGCUGGACCCGCGCUCACGCGAGGGCUCCUCGCUGCUCCACCUCGCCAUCAGCUCCACGACGCCCGUCGACGACUUCCACACCAACGACGUCUGCAGCUUCCCCAACGCGCAGGUCACCAAGCUGCUGCUGGACUGCGGCGCGCAGGUCAACGCCAUCGACCACGAGGGCAACACCCCGCUGCACGUCAUCGUCCAGUACAACCGGCCCAUCAGCGACUUCCUCACGCUGCACGCCAUCAUCAUCAACCUGGUGGAGGCCGGCGCGCACACGGACAUGACCAACAAGCAGAAGAAGACGCCUCUGGACAAGAGCACCACGGGCGUGUCGGAGAUCCUGCUGAAGACGCAGAUGAAGAUGAGCCUCAAGUGCCUGGCGGCGCGCGCCGUCCGCCAGCACCAGAUCACCUACCGCAACCAGAUCCCCAAAACGCUGGAGGAGUUCGUGGAGUUCCACUGAGCGAGGACGGACUCGCGUCUUUUUAAAGAGUUUCUUAUUGUUUUCUAACAAAUCACACGGUGCUGAGGACGAGGACGAGGGUUCAGGACGAAACGUUUCUGAGCUUUUUUAUAAAAAAAAAAAAAAAAAAAACAGAAAGAGUUGGUUGCUUUUUUUUUUUCCUAUUAUAAGUAUUAACUGCUAAAUACCAGCAGCCGCACUCGGCAUCUGUCUGUCUGUCUGUCUGUCUGUCUGUCUGUCCGUCUGUCUGUCCGUCUCACGGCUGCUGCAGCUCUGAAGGUCGAGCGCAGACCAGCAGAGAGAGAGAAAGAGGACGGACGUCUCAUCCCCGCGCUGCUUCUUGUUUUGCCUUAUCGCAGAGAGAGAGAGAGAGAGAGAGAGAGAGAGAGAUGACCUCACCUGCUGUCCAUGUAUCACCUGUCACACAUGAUUUAUUUUUAACAUGAGAAUCAUCACUGGGUUUAUUUUCACUGUAACAACAGGAUCAUCUGACGACUUCAGGUUCUAACUCUGUUUUAAAUGGAGGUUAUUUUGUUUUUUUCUCGCUUGUUUUACUGGAAGUCGACUUUGUGGCCCAAAGUAUGUGGACACCCCUGGAAAAAAAACCUUCAGACUCUUGGUUCCACUGGAAGGAAAUCUUAAAUCAGUGGUUCCCUGUCCCUUUAAAACGAAGCAAUGUCUUCAUGUGGCCCGUCAUCACAGCUGUAAUAUGUCUGUAAAACAUGAAUUUUAAUCGUUUGUAAAAGUUGGAAAAUGUCAAAUUAUCUAGAAUUUAACAGGAAACUCACAUUGAGGAAAAAACAAGUUAUUUUCCUCUCCUCCUGUAGAUCAUCUUGUGACCUUCAGCUUUUAGCAGUUUGUUUUUUCAGUAAAAAGCCAAAGGAUGAAUUAACGGUGUGUUGAUGGUUUGAGGAGACGAUUCAGAAACAUGUUGAGUCUUCAUGAUGGAGCGAUGUUUUUUUCACAGAACCAGUCGAGUGUCCACAUACUUUUGGCCAAAUGGUCGACAUGAACCAGAUUCUCCCAGAACACGGUACCAACAUGUGCUUGAUUGUCUGUAGAUGCUCGUCGAUGAGCUUUUAUUUUGAAAAGUGAGGGAGGGGAAACCCCCGUUUACUAUAAUAAUUAUUAAUAUUGUGAUUAUUUUUAUCUUUUAAAUAAACGGUGAAGUCUGAGACGUGGAGGAAGGUGUCACAUGCAUCACAUGUUCCUCAGAGCUGCUGCAGCUUCAGCUGUGUCACGUGUGCUUCGCUCAGUAGAUCUGAAACAUGAAGAGGUUUCUGGUCCUGGUCCUGGUCCUGGUCCUGGUCCUGGCUGCUGCAUUUAUUGAUCAGUCAAUGAGCUUAUUUGUCUUCUGGUGGACGGUGACAUGUUCGGAUUCCAAAAUCCUGGAGCUUCACAUCGACACAGACACGAGGGAGAGAUCAACCCCAACGUCACAACUGAAGAAUAUUAAAGCGAAAAGUCAAACUAUUCUUUUAGAUAUUUAUGAUAUUCAUUAUUUUAAUGAUCCAUUCAUCUGCACAUCAUUUGUUUUUAAUAAGUGAAUAAUCUUUUAGUUUACAAGUGAGCCCAGUCUGACUUCCUCCUGUUGCUCGUCCAAAAUCCAAAGAGAAGAACUAUUUUAAAAAGCAGAAAAUCGUAAGAUUUAGAAGCUGAACACGUGAAUGUUUGUCAUCUUUUAUUGACGAUGACUCGAUCGACCAAUCGAUCAAUCCACUACUUGUUUCAGCAGUAAUUCUGCGGGUGCAGGUUCCCGCCUGAGGAUUUGAUGCUUGGACUGUUGAGUCAGAGAACUUGUGACGGGGAUGAGACGACGGUGAGAGAAUGAUGAGCUGUCACAGGUGAACUGAUGAUGCUGCAGGUCAGAUCCACAUCUGGGAACAUCUGGAUCGGUCUGUUUUCACUGCUUCACUCGUCACAGCUGGAGCUGCUUCAGUCUGUUUGAGGAUGAAUUUGCAUGCGUGUGCAGAUUUAACACGUCGGAUGAUUACAAAGCCGAGGCUAAUUUUUCAUGCAUCGGGAAGAAACACAUCCAUAUUUAUUUCUUGUUUGUCCGUGAGGAUCAAAGACUGCGUCAUGGUUCCAGUCUGGACUCAAACAGACGGGUCAGUGAACUGAAGGAAACGCUUCAGGAACUGUGACUCUGUAGAAACUUUGUAGACGCCUGAUGAAGAAGUUUAUUGUAGAUACAGAGUGAAUUAUAACAGGGUCUAAGUCUCACCUCGGUCUCUGUUCAGAUCUUCUAACAAUCAGGUGUUUGAAGAGUUCAAAUUAAAUCUGGUGCUGGACGCUGUGAAGUCAGACGGCGUCCAUGUUUGUUUAGCAUUUGUGUUCAGUGUCUGACUUUUCCAGCAGCUGCAGCGUGUGUGUGUGUUUUACUAACCAUGUGACCGCGCGGUACAGGUGGCUUCUGCCUGGAUGUUAAAGGGUGUGAGGUGAUGAUGAUGAUGAUGAUGAUGUGCCAUUCAGAAUGCUAACUUUAUUUUGAACUCAUCAUAGUUUUUAUUUAACACAGCAGCAGGUUUGACUCUGACCAAAGAUUCUCCUCAUGUCGGGAAACUUUAAGAGACGCCAGCUGUCGUGUACUUCCUGCAGAAUGAAUGCUGUCAAAUUAAAAGUCUGCAUUCAAUUUUGUUCUCCUGUUGUUUAUGUUGAUUAUUACAGAAGUCGGUUCAAGGUUGUACAGAAGCUCAGUCCUGCCAGUAAAAGUAAAUAUAUAAAGAAAAGUCAAAAAAAUGUUUUAAAAAAAUUCAGUAUAGUGAGAGAAAAUGUAAAAAUUUGAUUUAAAAAGUCAAAUUUUGAAACGAGAGAGCUCAAAUUUAUGAGAUAAAAAUAAAAAACUGUCAAAUAUAUGAGACGAAAGAUAAAA